GGUUGAUGGGAUGAUGGCGGCCGGUACUGGCAUCAAUAACUUUGGGCUGUCUUCCUCUCUCCAAGAGCACAAAUUGCUGAGUACUGGCCCGACUGAACCAUGGUCAAUCCGCGAGAAGCUAUGUUUAGCGUCUUCAGUGAUGCGGAGUGGAGACCAAAACUGGGUAUCGGUUAGCAGAGCAAUCAAACCCUUUGCAGAACCUGGACGUGCACCAGAUUGGUUUUCACAAAAGCAUUGUGCAUCCCAAUAUUCAGAGCUGUUGGAGAUAACAGAGACUCCCAAGCGGAAGCGUGGUGAGAAAGGAGAAGUUGUGGAAACUGUGGAGGACGUAAUUGUUCGUAAGCUCACAGCUGAGCGAAUUGAUGAGUUGAAGAAACUAAUUAAGGAGACUCAGGAGAAAUACAGAAAGGUGAAGAGAGAAGCAGAGCUGAUCCAAUCUGGUCAUGGAGAUAGUAAACUUCAGGAAACAUGGAGUGAUAUUGUUGCAAGGAAGAAACAGGAAGAAGAGGAGGCUGAGAUGAAAAGGCGCGCAACAGAAAGUGCUUUUCAGGCCCGCCAAGCAGCAAAAAAUGCACCCAAAAGACUGAUGAGCCUGCCGAUCCGGUCCCCACUAGAAUCAAAUUCUCCUGGAAUAGACUACUCGACUACAGAUACACCACAGGCGAGUGAGGAGAGUCACAAUAGUCUGGUGUCGAUGAACAUUGGAAGCACAUCAACUAUUCCAGUGAUCUCAGCCCCUGAGACACCCGUCACCUCCACGAGUCUUGAAACUCCAGUGCUGGAGGAUUCUCCUCAGAAAAAGUUAUUGGGACAGAAAGCCACACCUCCACCCUCUCCACUGCUGUCUGAGCUCCUGAAAAAAGGGAGUCUCCUGCCUACUAGUCCUAGGCUUGUCAGUGAAGCUGAGCUCCAGGUGAAUUCUGGUCAUGUUGCUAGUCCGAAUGUGCAUGUUGAAAUGGGAGCAGGUGUAUCAACGCUGCAUGUUCCCGAGCUACAAUCCAAUGUACCAGUGUCCCCAGCACCUACAGGAGCCCCUACUCUGUCCAGGCUUUUGGAGGCCGGCCUCUCGCACUUCACGCCACCUUUCGUUCCUUUCUCUACUAUCAGCAGUGAGGCAUCACCUCCAGUUAAACCUUUGCAAAAUCUAGCUGACCAGGUGUGUUCAGCCGGCACCACAGCAGUGACGCAGGAGAGCAGCAGGACAGUUGAAGAAACCACCAUUUGUGUUCAGGUAGCGAGCUGUGAGGAGCAGCCGUCACUAUCAGUAUCUGGAGAUCUGGCUGGCUUCUCUGUGUUAAUUGACUCUGGUGAAAGCAAGUGUCUGCCAGGUGGCAGUUUGCAGAUUGCAAGACCAAGAGAGGGCAUUGCAGAUCAGCAUCGAUCAAAGCAGCUUGAAGACACCGAAGAUACUAGGGUCUCUGAUUAUACAGAUGUACUGAACUUGGGGAAUCAGGCAGAUAUCCUAGCAAUCAUUGAAGAGAAGGUGGAGGAAGCAGCAGAACUGAUAAAUCUUCCCCCUGAUGAUAUUGGAGAGCAGCUAGCUGCCACUGAAGGGAAUGCUGUCUCCCUGUUUCGAGCAGAACAGGCAAUAAAGGAGGAAGCUGAAGAGGUCCAGCAGCAGACUUAUAAAUCUGAGCACCGAUCCAGUGAUGAAUCUCAAAUGUUGGCUGGUUUGGGAACUGAGGAAAAAUUGACUUUCAAAGCAAUUAAGCAAGAGUUGCCAGAAAAAGUGAAGGUAGAGCAAGAACAGGAAGAAGAGUCAAAUUUAGGUCAUGCACAACAUAUAGUGAGCGUUGGAAACACAACAAGUUCCCCAGAUGGUGGACUGCAUACAGAGACACUUGGAUUGGAGCAUUGUUUACCUCGGAGCAUCAUGCGAAGUAAAAGCACAUCUGAGGAGCCGUCACAUCCAUCUCCCUGGAGCACUGCACGCAGCAAAAGUACUUCAGAAGAAAUUGGACAACUUUCUCCCAGGAUCACUAUUCAGAACAAAAGUGGCUCUGAUGAUGUGGGGCAGUCUGAAAUUAUAGAAUCCACAAAGGAAGAGAGUGGAGUAGUUGUAAAGGGUCAAAUCAAGCUGCAAGAGAUGCUUGUUCCAAAAGAGGAGGAUGGAGCCAGUGAAGCUGCUAGUAUGGAUGAGGCCAGGGAAGAGGAACCGAAUGAGAUCUAUAUGUCAGAAACCGAUAAUGAGCCACCUGUCAGUGAAAGUGAUGAUGGCUUCAGUAUUCAUAAUGCACAUUUGCAGUCUUCAGUCCUUGCUGAUUCAAUACCCAGCAGCCCUGCUUCCUCACAAUUUUCCGUUUGUAGUGAAGAUCAGGAAGCUAUUCAAGCUCAGAAAAUCUGGAAAAAAGCUAUUAUGCUGGUGUGGAGAGCAGCUGCCAAUCACAGAUAUGCUAAUGUAUUCCUUCAGCCAGUGACAGAUGAUAUUGCCCCAGGAUAUCAUAGCAUUGUACACAGACCAAUGGAUUUAUCUACAAUAAAGAAAAAUAUUGAGACUGGUUUAAUCCGCACAACAGCAGAGUUUCAGCGAGACAUAAUGCUUAUGUUCCAGAAUGCAGUAAUGUAUAAUAGCUCAGACCAUGAUGUGUAUCACAUGGCAUUAGAAAUGCAAAGAGAUGUCUUGGAGCAAAUUCAGCAAUUCCUAGCCACACAGUUAAUAAUGCAAACGUCCGAGUCCGGAAUCAGUGCUAAGAGCUUGCGUGGGCGUGAUUCAACUCGAAAGCAGGAUUCUGCAGAGAAGGACAGUGUCCCCAUGGGUUCUCCUGCCUUCCUUCUAUCUCUCUUUGCGGUGGAGGUGGAGGCUGAAAUUGGCAGUGAUGAGGAUCAAGGAAGUGAAAUGCACCAAGACAAAAUUCAGCAUCAGACUCUGUACGUAGAAUCUAAAUGCAAGGAAGAAUUUGAUAGAUCACUUGUUGAGGGCAAAAGGAAUACUGAUGUUGACAGUUCACUGCUGGAAAAAACUGAGGCAAAGAAAAUACGUAUGGAACAAACAAGUUCAGGACAGGUAGAGACUGAGCACCCAAAAUGUUGUGAACAUACAGCACUUUCCAUAGAGCAGGUGGAAGAAAGAAAAAAGGAUUCAGAACAAAAUUUAACAGAGUGCUUGGACAGUGGCUGUAGUUAUCUUGUCCUUUACGCAAGGACUGAGCCACUUCUUGGAGAAACACAGCAUGAUAUUACAGGCAAUGAACAAUUAGAUGUGUCUAGAGUAGAACACAACACAAUGAGAGAAAGUCUACCUGAGGAGGAUACAAGUGAAGAAGAGUUUUGUGAUGUUGAUCUUUCAGAAUUUGGUAUAGAGCUGUCUGUCUCUGAGAGUGACGUUAGCUUCAGUUCCCAGCAGUUUUUAAUUUUGGAUGAGUCAGCAGCUAGCAGUCACACUUCCUCCCAGCUAUCCACAAGUACAGACCAGGAUCAGAUUUCAGCUCAAAGGAAUUGGAAAAGGACAGUGCUGCUCAUGUGGAAGGAGAUAGCCAGCCACAGAUUUGCGAGCCUGUUUUUGAACCCAGUAACUGAGGAACGUGUUCCUGGAUAUCACAGCCGAGUCCAUAGACCAAUGGAUUUGUCCAAUAUAAAGAGAAACAUCAGAAAAGGGCUGAUUCGCACAACUGUUGAAUUUCAGCGGGAUAUUAUGCUAAUGUUCCAGAAUGCGGUGAUGUACAAUAGCUCUGAUCAUGAUGUUUAUCAUAAAACUGUGGAAAUGCAGCGAGAUGUCUUGAAACAAAUCCAGGAUAUUUUAGAAGCAGUUGAGUUGGGUGACUUUAACAAGAGCCUCAUUGGGUAAAAGCUUGCAUCCAACAGGAAAAUAAGUAUCUUACCUUUGGAGAAGAGGAUGAAAAAUGAAAAGUUUUGUCUUUGGUUUCUCAAUGCAGCAUUAAUGCAAUGUUUCAAAGUUCAGUUCAGGUUGUAACUGCAAUAAUAUGUUGUAUGGGAGAAGGGACCAUAAUUACUGCGUACAAGUUGCUACAAGUUACAGAGAGUUACAGGCAUGCAGACUGCAGUUCACCUCAGGGACACAUUCCUCACCACAAGGAGGAAAAGUUGUGCUUUGACAUUUUUCAGUAAAUGUUAUUGUAGUUCAAUUUCCGAAAGUUUAUUGACUGGCUGCCUCUCAGUUGGGUGUACUUUAUUCUCAGAGUUUUUCAAUAAAAUCUAGUAACAUAAUUGCACUUUGCACAAAAUGCAA